AUGAUUUUAAAAAACCUACUCAAUCAAGCCAUAACAAUAUGGGAAAAAAAAAAAAAAAACAUAUUUAAAUUCAGCAUUUGUGAAUAUAAAUUCAUUGAAAAAAAAAAUUUUGCAUGUAUAUAUGAGCAUGAUCUAAAACAUGAGAGCCCAAAAAUAAAUAGUAAAAAGGAACAAUUUGUGCAGCUAAAACACUCCGAUAGUGCCACCAAGUUUGAGAUCAAUGGAAUACAAAAGGCAAAUAACUGGCCGAGGAAAAAAAGUUCGAAAAAAAAGAAUGAACUGUACCUUUUUCUUCACAAAAAAAAUAAUAAGAAUGUAAAUUUGCACGAAUUAAAUAUUGUUAUAACAAAGAAAAUAGGUAACAUGCAAAAUAUCAAUGAAGUAUAUAAAUUUAUUUAUUAUAACAAAGAUGUGUUAGUACCCAUAAAUUACGUGGUAUGUUUGUAUAAAAUAUACAAAUUAAUAAAAAAAAAUGAUUAUAAAAUAAUUAAUUCUGACUUAUACAUAAAUUAUAGUAUUAUAAAUGAACAUAUAAAUAUAGACGAAUUAAAUAAUAUCACAGGCUUAAACGAAGUGAACGACUACAACGAAUUAUAUAAUAACAUGUACAUGAAGAGGAAAAGAAAAAAUGAAAGAAGAGGAAAAAAUGAAGGAAAAGGAAUAAAUGAAAGUAGAAAAAAUGAAAGAAUAGGAAAUAAUGAAGGAAAAGGAAUAAAUGAAAGAAAAGACAUAAAUGAAGAAAAAGAAAUAAAUGAAAGAAAAGGGAUAAAUGAACUAAAUCAAUACGAAGAGGAAAGGAUUUAUACGUGUCAAGUUAAAAAAAAGAAUAACUUGGAUAAUUAUUACACUUACUCAUGUAACAACGCGUACUGCCUAGAUUACAACAAUGACAUACUGCAGUAUGUACUAGAAAGGAUAAAUAAAAAUUAUUUUAUAAAAAAAUUGACAUAUAGGCAUGUAUCUAAUUUGCUAUUUUCUCUGAUUAAUAUAAAAUACUACAAUUUAGCUACCUAUUUAAUAUAUAUAAAACAUAUAAACAAUAUGUACGUUCACCUGUCAUCGCAAGCAAUAUCUAACAUUAUUUAUUCCUAUUCAUUAAUAUUUACUUUUUAUUCUAUUGAUUUUACCACAAAUUAUAAAAAUUAUGCAUACAAGUUUUACUCAAUUGUAGACAGUAAUGUAAGAUCUCAAUUAGAAAAGGAUAGCAUAAACUUCAUGUUUUUACUACUUAGUAGACGCUUGUGUUUUAUGGUGGUGAAACAUUUCAAUAGGUAUGCAUGUGGUCAGUAUGAUAUCAAUAGCUUUUACAGUGGAAAUCUAUCUAAUUUAGAGCACUUGAACGAAAAGGAAAAAGGAAAAGAAAGAGAAAUGGAAAAUGAAAAAGAAGAGGAAAAUGGGAAAGAAAACAAAAAGAGAAAUAAGAAGGAAAAUGAAAGAGAAAAAACAAAACAGAAUGAAAAAAAACUUAAUGCACUUGAUGACCUUGCAAAGUAUGAAAAUAAAAAAAUUUUUCAAGAAUUUUUUGUCUUUUUAUGGAGCAUGUCAAAGAUAAAAAUAAAUAAUGUCUACCUUGAUCUGUUGUAUUAUAUUAUACAUAAAAAUAGGAAAAGUUUCUUUUUACAAUUAAAUGAAAAAGAUAUAUGUAAUCUGAUUCAGUCAAUGAGUUUAUAUUAUCCCAUUAAAAAAUUAAGAGAAAUGUGUAAAGAAUACAUAAGCUGUAAUAUAUCUCUGACAAAUGGAAAGACAUACUUUACAUUUCAUUAUGAUGACUUUUUAAAAAGUACUCUACUUCUUAGCAUUGUGCAUAUAAAAAAAUAUAAUUAUCAUCACUAUUCAAUCAUUUUUAAGUGUAUUAAAAAUUUGCAAAAUUUUCUCAUCAUGAACAAUUGUAUUACACAUUACAUAGAACCGUAUGGUAACAACGGCAAUACUGUGCAAAAUGAGAAUAGGAAACACGAAUUUUCACCGUUUAAUAAUAAAUACAUACAAGAGGAAAGAGAAGGAGCUCAAUUCAUGCUCGACACUAUCCUCACAGACGACAUUACCAUUUGUGGAGCUUAUAUAAACGAUUGCACAGAGAUGAACAAAAGAUACCUUCACCUAGAAUCAUGUAAUGACAAAUUUUAUGAUAUAUUCCUUUCAGAAAAGAACCCAGUAUUUAAACAGGAUAACAGUAAUGGUAGUAAUAGUAGUUACAGCAGUAGUAGUUACAGCAGUAGUAGUUACAGCAGUAGUAGUUACAGCAGUAGUAGUUACAGCAAUAGUAGUUACAGCAAUAGUAGUUACAGCAAUAGUAGUUACAGCAAUAGUAGUUACAAUAAUAAUGGUCAUAAUAAUGGUAGUAAUAACAAAUUAGUUAUUUUAAGAAGAGAAGAAAAAAGAAAGGACGUGCUAGAUAGGGAAAAGAUACACUCAAUUAAAAAUAUUCUAAAAAAGUUAACAACAAUUACUGUAAAAAAUUUACUUAUAAAAUUAAGAAAUGAAAGGGAAUAUGAUAAUGUGAAUAAUCGAAAUAUUAACUAUUGCAAAAAUAAUCCUUCCUUAAACUUACAAUAUCUUUCUGUAUAUUUAUACAAUUUAACGCAUAUGAACCCAUUUUAUGUAAAUAAUGAACUCAAAUUACAAUUGUGCAAUUUAAUUAUUUCCUUUUUAGAGAAAAAAAUAAAAUUCGUCCUUUUCCUUGAUGACAAAACAGAAAAAUAUAUGAAUAUAAAAUUGGCAUAUGAUGAAAUAUUACAGAGAUAUUAUGAUAUUUUAGUGUGCUUAAGCAAUAUUAAUUAUUCAUUAAAUAAAAGUAAAAUUAUUAACGAGUCCAUAAUUGUGUACUCUUCUGUGUACUUUCACAAAUUGUACCAAUUGUUUUAUAAAUUUUACAAACAAACCUUAAAUUUGAAUUAUUUUUUUAAUUUAGUUCAAAAAAUAAACGAAAGGAUAUUGUCUAUUUAUAACUGGACCUUUUCGCACACAAAUGUUGCUUUUAUGCCUUUAUUUAGUUUAAUAAAUUAUAAUUAUUUGUACAUUUUAUGUAAAACGGGUAGUAGUACCGGUAGUAGUACUAGUAGUAAUACCAGUAGUAGUACUAGUAGUAAUACCAGUAGUAGUACUAGUAGUAGUAGCAAUAGCAGCAACCACAGCGGUAAUGGUUACUCAUUUCUACUUUUAAAAAAAAUGCUCUUGCCGAUAACCUUAUAUAAUAACAUGACUAUGAACCAACUUCGUUUGAUUUUAAAACUUCUCACCAGUUAUUAUAUGUCUUCUGUUUUUAGAGCAAAUGUGGAUCACAGUCCUUAUACACUUGAAUAUAAUCAUGAUGAUAUAUUAACCUGUAUGUAUAGCAUGUGCUUGAUAAUAACAAACAUAUAUUACAACACAACAAAGAACAAAACUUGUUAUUUAGACAAGGAGGAUAAAUUGGGAAAGGCAAAAUAUGACCAUGUUCAUUUUUACAUAAGUGUUGCUAUUAAAUUGUUAAAAAGUUAUUUCUACCAGUUGUACUGUAUAAAAAGUAGUAAUAUAAAAAAAUAUAUUUUAACAAAUUUAAAGAAUGAUGAAGUUAUUAUGAAAUUUUAUACCUUUUAUUUAUUUGUAAAAAUUAAUAUGGACAACAAUUUUUUGUACAAUAGGAAUUUUAUUAAACAGUAUAUAAAUGAUAAAGAGUUUUCCAAAAAGGAAUUUUAUUUUUUAGAAAAGCUCCUGUCAAGCUUUUCAGAACAAGAGAAGGAAAUGCAGCUCAAGGGAGGAACAACGAAAGGAGUUGCCAAAGGUAUUCAUUUGAAAGACAACAAAAACGGUAUGCAUAAAGACAUAAUAAAAAGUACGGAUGAAAGAAUAUGCGAAAAUAUUAAACAAGCUGUCAGUACCACCCCAAGUGAGUGCUGUAAUGUGGAAAUUACAGAUGAGAAUAACAAAUACAUGUACCGUUCAUAUAUAAAUACUAUAUACAAUAAAAAUUAUUCACCAAAUGAAAAUUUGGAUAUUUUUUAUUUAUUACAAAAAAAUAUUCAUCCAAAUGAAAUAAGAAUGAACAAAGAAAAUUUAAAAUUUUUAAGGAAGAAUAACCAUGCUUCACCCGAUCUUUUUAAUGAAUGUGUUAACAAAGAAGUGAAAAAAGUGGAGGAACAUGUUUUCUCAACAUUUAAACAAAUAAAUAGUUCAAAGUCUCAUAUAAAAUUAUAUGAAUAUAUAAAAUAUAUUUUGCGAAUGAAAAAAAAUGGACAGAAAGAGAAUUUUAAUAUAAAGAAUGAGUAUAUAAUUAAUAUAAACAAUAUUCAAUUUAUAGUAGAUAUUUAUGAUGAAUAUACAAACACAAUAUUUGAAAUUGACGGAGUUAGCCACUAUACAAAACAAUAUGUAUCAAUCAAGUCAUCGGACUCUUUGAACUUCUUUUAUAAUUAUAAAUCAUAUUAUAUUUUUAAACAUUUGAUAUUAAGUAAAUACUACAACAUAGUCCAUUUACCUCUGCAUGAUAGUAAGUUGUGCAAGAACAUAAUAUACAACUACUAUAACAACGGUGAUGCUAAAUUUUAA